UGAGCACUCUGGUUGGUGGCAUUUGGAUUAUCCUAACCCUCCCAUGAGGACAUGAAGCGACUGGCUCCAUGGCUAUUUAAAGCCCCUCCUCCUCCUUCUUCUUCCUCAGUGCAUUGCAAGCGUGGGAAGGGAGGAGAUCAUUGGAAGGGGAGAAAAGGGAAUGGAGCAUGAUGAAGAGGAGGAGCUGCCUUCACCUUCUUCCUCCUUGGGCUACCUGAUGCUGUGUAGGAUCUGCCACGAGGAAGAGGACGGAGGGCGUGCGACCAUGGAGUCCCCUUGUGGAUGUUCCGGCUCUCUCAAGUACGCUCACAGGCGAUGUGUGCAGAGAUGGUGUGAUGAGAAGGGGACCGCCAUCUGUGAGAUUUGCCUUCAGAAUUUCGAGCCAGGGUACACAAUGCCUCCAAAGAAAACUCCGGUGGUUGAAACGGCGGUCACGAUCAGUGAACACGAGGACAUGCAAUCUUUGGAAUCUCGGGAGGGCUUGAGUGGGGGUGCAGGCUACACCAGGUGCUCCUACACCGCAGAUCAAUGCGCCACAUGGUGCCGGUCGCUGGCGAUCACGUUCACCAUUAUGCUGCUGGCAUGGCAUCUGGUUGCAGUGGUGACGGUUGAAGCAGCAGCUCACUGCGCGUUCAGUCUCCUGGCAAGGUUAUGUUUCUUUGCAGAUGUACUUGCUUCGCGCUGCUGGUAUCCUGCUGCCGCUGUGCGUUGUCAUGCGACUGAUUCGCAUCGUCCAGAGUGGUCAGGAGCAGCAGUAUGGGCUGCAGCUGCUGGAGCACCAAAGAAGAAAUGUAUCAACUAUAUGAAUUAUAUGCGUGUCCAGGAGGAGGACCAGCGAGUAAUUAAUAUUCAUUAAGCCAAUGAAUCUCAAUGCAAGCUUGCACAAAUGUGCAUUAAGUAUUACCGUGGAAACUUUCAAACAGAACAUCAUCUGUAAACAUUUAGUAUACAUACAGUUGGUGCAGGGAAAAACAGCACCAUUUUAUUCCUGCUUUUUCUGAACGUUCAUUAUGCUAUUAGGGAAUGUUCAAACAGAUCAUUAUUGCAUAUCCCAAUGAAAAUAUUGGCGGCCAACCA